UUUUUCAUGUAGAUAUUUUCUCAUAAAGAGCAGUUAGCAACUCGACAAUCAUACGACACAAGGAGGAUGUAUAUAUAAGAGCGGCCAGGCUGGCACUUCACCAAGUCAUCGUCUACGUUAAGACACACCACUAAGAUGAAGGCCUCAGUUGUAUUCUGUUUCGCCGCCUCUUUGGCUGUUGCUGCUGCCCUGCCUCCGCCAGGUGGCGCUGGAGGCUUCAUGCCCCCGGCAGCAGCAGGAGCCUUCGUCCCCUCCCCGGCCAUGAUCCAGUCCUUCAUCCCGACGCCCGAGGAGAUCCAGGCCCUCAACGCCCUCCACACCACGCCCGCCCCCGGAGCCGCCCCCGCCCCUGCAGUCGCCCCGGGAACUCCUACGGCGCCACCGACCAUGCCCCCCGCCGUAGCCAACCUGGUGAAGAAGUACCAAGCCGCCGCUGCCGCCUUCAUGCCCCCGGCCGCCGGAGCCGUCUGAGGACCCUGUUCCGGAUUUGGAACGUCGGCUC